ACUUUUUUUUUUCAUACGAUAAGGUAAAAUGCUUGCCAACCGGCUAUUGUCUGUUUCAGUUCUUUCGAGAAACUUGAUCAAAUCAGUGGCAGCCCGAUACUACGCAGUAAACAUAACGAUGGAUAAGCAUCAAGUCGUACCAGACGUCAUUCCAGUUGCACCGGCUGAAGUAGCUAAGGUCACCUACGUUAGCGGAGUCACAGUGAACGAAGGUAAUGAAUUGACACCGCGUCAAGUUAAAGACGUACCAAAGGUGGAAUGGAAUGCUGAUGCAAAUACGUUGUACACGCUUUGUAUGACGGACCCUGAUGCACCGAGUCGUCAAGCUCCAAAAUUCCGUGAGUGGCAUCAUUGGUUGGUUGGAAACAUUCCCGGUGCAGAUGUGAGCAAGGGUGAAGUACUAUCGGAUUAUGUUGGCUCUGGGCCACCAGAAGGCACUGGCUUGCAUCGCUACGUCUUUUUGGUCUACAAGCAAAACGGCAAGAUCACUUUCGAUGAGCCACGUUUGCCCAACACCAGCGGUAAAAAUCGUGGAGGAUUUUCGAUUGCAAAAUUCGCCAACAAAUACAACUUGGGAACUCCAGUUGCUGGAAAUUUCUAUCAGGCUCAAUGGGACGAUUACGUUCCAAUCUUGUACAAACAACUCGGUGAUGAAUAACGCAUCUUUAUCGCCGUUUUCCACAGCAAUGCUUCAAAAUCACAGUCUUUCUUAGAAAGUUUAAUUAAAUGUUUAGAAAUACGAAUAAAAUGAGAAAUUAUGUGCCUCAUCCAAAAAUUGGCGAUACACAAAGCAACUUUUCACACAUAUCCUAUUGUUGGAAAUAAAGCAUUUUAAAAAGAAGA